CUCGCUACUUGUAGUGCAAAUGGCAUCGUUCUCAUUCCACUGGCAUCAAGUACAAAGAGUUCCCAAUAGAUUCAUCUAUUAGCAUAAACUUUCUAAACUGUCUACACUGGGAUAUGUCUAUGCCGAGGAUGAU